AUGCUCGCUUCAUCGGCGGGCAUCGACGCCUCAGCCAUGCAGUCUGGCCGAUCUGUCUUUGAUGGGCUGCCGGCGCACCCAAACGCUAAGGAGGGCGAAGCGAGUGCUGACGAUGAAAGGGCGCUUUCCAUCACAGCGGAUCCGUGUGUGCUGUGUGCAACGGAUGCCGCCGGCAGCUUGGCGCCCGCGGUGCCGCUGACAACCGUGGCGGAGCUAGAAACUGCCGAAGUGCGCGACGGGGAUGUGAGGGAGUGUGUGUCGGAGGCCGCUCGACUUUUGUUGGCGGAGGGCGCCGGUGGUGCCGGUUCUGUGAGCCGCGGUUUGCAAGUCAGGGCCUUUCGGCGCUUCAGCGGAUCCAUCGGGCCGAUCCCGUACGUGACCUUCUUGCGCAAGAGCAUCCACGACGUCGAAUUUGGUCGCGACCCGAACGCCAUCUUCUACUCGCUCUUCCAGAACCCGGCGAAGCACAUUGACGACAUGCAGUGCCUGCGCAUGUUUGUGCGGCGCUACCUGGUGCACACGAGCGAGGGUAACAACCCGCGCCAGGUGCCGCUCUACGCAUUCCUGUCUGCCCGGUGUGCGUGGCCGGAUGUGGACCGUGAGCUGGUGAAUCGGCUGGUGCAUGAGGAGCUUGCCGCUCUCGUCAAGGCCGACCGCGCCAUCGCGGCGGAGAAGGAGCGAAAACGCGCCCGUGAAGAACCUGUGGCGAUGUCGCGCUGGACUUACCCUCUCCAGAGUGACUACUAG